AUGGACGUUGAAAGGACAAUCAGAGGCCUCAAGCCCCUUGACGGGCAAGUGGUCCCUAUUCGAACAGUCCAAGAGACAAGGCCCCAAGAAGAAUUCGGCGAUGCCUUUGUCGCAGAAGUCAAUGUGAAGUCUGCAUCCAAAGUGAUCAAGGCUAUCGACGCGGCUUUCCCCAAAGACCCUUCCCUUCCGCUAUCCCACCUCCGUCGUUUCGCGAAAAAAGAAUUACUCCCGCCGCCGCUGAAGGCAGCCAUUGAAAGCCAGAGAGUUCCUCUAACGGCCCCGACACAAACUAUCUUCGUCCUCAUAUCACCACCACUGCCUGAUCUCACCACACUCAAGGCUCUGCUCGCUCCAUUUGCGCCGCACACGGCGCCGGCCGCUACAAACGAUCCUCCGACUACGAAUGAAACGCCAGACGAAGCUUCACAAUCCGAUAUACCAACCCCUACUAUUCAACUUUACCCUAUCAAAAUUCCUCUUUGCCCCCCCUUCAACACAACUCAAGCCGAAACAUGGACCAAGACCCUCUGGCCAGUCAUAUUCAACCCAGCCGCACCGCGCUCAACUGUCGCGCCGCCUCUUCAAACCCUAAAACGUGUACAAGAAUCUAUUGAACCACGGGCAGGGUACCACCUAUCCCUAGCGCGCAAAGUAGCAGAGGAAGCAGAACAAUCCGGGCUAGGCCGCGGCGUAGGCGCGGUGAUAGUCGACCCUGCCAUCGACGAAGAACUAACCGCGGCAGGCUAUGAGGCCGGACAUGACACCACGUCACAAUGGGACGAAGCAGUCCUCGCGGUUGCCGGUGAUGCACGGUACUCCCGCUCCGAAGCGCUUGCACCAUCACAGGCCCAGCUGCACGCCGGGGUAGCGCCAAACCCAGCGAGCAAGAUAUAUGACGCGGAUGUCGAGGGCGGGCCUGAACUGCACGCGCUGAUGCGUGCUGUCGAUCUGAUUGCUCGCUGGCGGCGAGAACACGAUCGGUUUGACGACGUGUCUUCAUCAACGACUACUACACAUCCAUCGAAGCCAGAAAUAGAAGCGCCAGAACUGAGCGCCUUCGAAUCAUACUUUUUAUACCGUCACCGUCCUACAUCCACCGACAUCUCAAACUCACCUCGGUCUCCGUCCUCCACAUUAAAGAGAAAGCACGAAGUCCCUAACCCUGAAUCUGACUUGAGUAUCCACCCCUCUACAGACCCUUCCCAAUCCCACGUCUAUCAACCACCUCUCCCUGCUCCUCCCCCAUCUACCGUGGUAUUUGCGGAUUCUGCUGCUCCGACUACAACGCCAGCAGCCCCGCGCAUCCGCACUCGCUCGCAGGGUGGCUAUCUCUGCACAGACUUGGACGUCUACCUUUCUCAUGAGCCGUGUCUGUGCUGCUCUAUGGGCUUGCUUCUGUCCCGGUUCAGAUCUGUCAUCUUCCCCAGACGUGGGAGGUUAGCGAGUGGUGGCCUGUCUUCUGAGCCGGUUGGUCCUGUGGCCGAUGAGCUUGAUCAAGCCGCAGAGGCUGAUACCUCUACGGUUGAUAAGGAGGGCGAAAGAGGUUACUACGGGCUGCAUUGGAGGAAGGAGUUGAACUGGAGGGCUCUUGGGUUUGAGUUUGUGGAGGAUGGGGAUGUGGAAAUCAUGGGCGAGGCUGCAAUGCCUGUCUUCCAUGCUUGA